AUGGCGCUGUCCAUCAUGAUUAGAAUUUGUUACAUCAUUUGGUCGUUUUUAAAGGUUUAUGUUUUCGGUUUUGUGGCCUUGGUGCGUCAGGUACUACAGAGACACAAAAUUCCAGAGUUGCACUUGAGAACUGGAAAAAUUGCAAUAGUGACCGGCGGUACAAGUGGUAUAGGGUUUCAUGUCUCACUGGGUCUGGUCUCCAAAAAUGUCCAUGUGAUCAUGGGUGGUCACAACAUUGAGAAAGGGAAAGAGGCUAUAAAGAAAAUUAGAGAAGAAUUUCCUAAUGCAAAAGUGGACUUUAUGCAUUUAAAUCUGGCCUCCUUUAAAUCCAUACAGGACUUUGUUGAAAAUGUAAAGGCAAGAUGCUCCAACAUUCAUAUACUAGUAAAUAAUGCUGGUGUAAUGUUUGCACCAUAUCAAGAGACUACUGAUAGUCUAGAAAGCCAUUUCCAAAUAAAUUAUUUAGGAUACCUAUACCUUACACAGUCUCUCAUGGACAUCUUAAAGAAUUCUGGCACAGAUGAAUUUUAUAGUCGUAUCAUUAACCUCUCAUCAGUCGUCCAUAACGUGGGAUCACUAAAUCUACAAAAUCUUGGAAGAAGGUGUUCAAACUGGUGGGAAUAUUCACCUCAUGCAGCUUAUGCAGAUUCCAAACUUUACAUAGCCCUCUCCUCCUGGGGUCUAAGUGAACAACUAAAACAAGAAAAUUCAAAGGUGACAGUCAAUGCCCUACAUCCUGGCAUUGUUAAUACAGCUCUCUACAGACAUGUUCACUGGUCCAUCAAGUGGCUUCUGGAUAUUGUAGCUAAGUUCACUUACUUGACACCACCAGAGGGCGCUGAUACUAUACUGUUUCUGGCUUUAUCACCAGAUGUGGAGAGAGAAAGUGGACUUUAUUAUGAUAAUUGUCAGGAACAGAAAACUUGUCAGAUGGCAUACAGUGAUGACAUCAUUAAUCAAAUGCAGGAUAUUUCAAAUGACAUCAUACAAGACAAAAUUCAGUGAAGAAUGGAAUAAAAAAAUCAUAGGGUAUUAUCAAAUUGCCAUGUCAUUUGUGUCUGAAACUUUGAAAUGUCGUUAAGUUGAUUUCCUGGAUAUACAUGCAUAAUUGAUAUGUUUGUGCCAAUUAUUUGUUUGAUUGUUAGAUGAAUAUUUUGUUCAUUUUAAGUUACUUUCAUAAUAAAAGCAUAUUUGAAAACGUG